CCCUCUUAAAGAUUUCAAUGUUUCUUUCCGACCUCGAAGGAAGAAGGAAAAGGAUAUAGAAAGCUUCGAUAGAAGGGGAGAAUCGGCCACAAUGAUUACCCAAUCGACGUCGCGGCCAUUGAGCAGCUGGAAAGCUGUCUUAAGACGAACUCGCCAGCAACGAGACCAGCGAAUACCCAUUGCAUUCCGCUCCCUCACCACCGCACCCUCCUCCUCCUCCUCCACACAGCCAAACGAAGCUUCCAUACCACCGCCGCCGCCACCACCACCUCCCGCCGCGCAAUCGGCCUCCAAACCAGCCCAAAAGCCUUCAUUCCACAUCAUACGAUCCCAAAUCCCCGAGAAACCCAUCCGCACCGCCUUCGCCGUGUACCCGCGCGUCCCUUCGGCGCGCAAGAAGAACCCCUCCGCGCUCGCCGCCUUCCACCAGCAGCAGGUCUCGCGCCUCGACCGCACGGGCGCGCGGCGCGCCCUGUUCUCGAAGGCGAACCCCGACGCCGCCAAGGUGGGGGACGUGCUGCAGGUGACCACGCGGAAGAGCGGGGAGCCGUUCGCGGGGGUGUGCCUGUCGAUCCGGCGCGCGGGCGUCGACACGGCCAUCCUGCUGCGCAACCACGUGCUGCGCGUCCCCGUCGAGCUCUGGUACAAGGUCUUCAGCCCCAACGUCCUCGGCAUCGAGAUCGUCUGGCGCCGCCCCAAGCGCGCCCGCCGCGCCCGCCUCACCUACAUGCGCCGCCCCAAGCACGACAUGGGCAACAUCGACCACCUCGUCGAGGCCUGGCGCCGCACCCGCAACGUCUUCACCUCGAAGGGCAAGGGCGUCAAGGGCGGCAAGGGCGGUGGUGGUUUCGAUAGAGGUGGUGCUAAGGGUAAGAAGCGGUAGCUGGUAGCUGGAUGAGGUAGUGGAUAUGUCACGGAUAUUUAGGAAUUAAAAAAAAGAAAAAGAAAAAGAAAAAGAAAAGAAACCAAACAGAUCAGUCAUGGCUCAAUCCCCCGUUAAAGAGAAGGAAAUUUCUCAAGAGCUCAGGGGGGAGGGGGGUGGGAAGCUAUCGUGUACUAGGUUAUACGAAUACUACUACCUAUAUUAUGUAUCUCACAAUCCAAAUUAUCCCUCAUUGGUUCGGCUUCCGUACAUAUGUAGAUAGGUAGGUACCUACUUAUCUAACCUAGGGAACUUGCCAAUACUAAAUAGUACCUACAAACUGAUAUCAAUACACCCACCCAUACGAAAACA